AUAAGAGUGGCCAAGGAGCGGUUAAUCAACCACUACAAAAUUGAUGAAAUCAAUCCCACGGAAGAAGUGUACAUCAUGCGUGGCAAUGGCGAGACAGUACUCUGUCUGGCGUUUUCUGGCGGAUACAUCAUUUUGAUUGAUCCAGACGUUCUUGAUCCUGUUCUACAAGGUUGGCUGUUAGCCCAAGUUGAAAACAAGGGUAUCAUGAUACGGAAGAAACAGCUGCUGCCUACCCCUCCGGUAGCUUAGUUCUCUCCCAGAUCAACUGCACUCAAGGCACUGGCGACCUCGGAAACUUGCCAGAAGAGUGUCGAAGAAUUGAAGGCGGAUAUGAGUAACUUAAGGAAGGCGCAAGACAAUACAAACUCCAUACUCGAAAAGAUGUUGGCUAAAUUAGGCGAGAAAUCAAGCACAUCUGGCGAAAACGAACUGGCAAACGAUCCUUCGCAACACAUUGAUGACGUGGAAGAGGCGAACCCGAGUACAGUCCAUACUGAAGAAUUCUCGAGGAAACCCAAACCAAAAGUGAUAAAGGAGGUUAAAUUGUCUGGCGACAAAAGAGUGAAGUUCGCAGAAAAGUUUCCAGCCCUGCAAAUCUCUCGCACAGACACAUUGGAUCUCGAUAACACGUCGGACUUGGAGGAGGACUGGGACUCAGCUUCAAGCUUCAGGAAGAAGCAGACUGAGGAGACUCUGGCUGAUGGUGAAGCAGAGGCAAGCGGUGGCGGGGAUGACAAAACUGGUGCCCCAAGUCUACUUCUGAAGCGCGGCUUCGGUCCCUCGGCCGCUUCAACCCCUCAUCAGAUGGGCCCCACAAAGGUUCAACCCAUGACCACACGAGCUUUGUAAGCUCAAGUUCACCAAGAUGGCGAGAUUAAGGAAUGGUGUUAUAGGUGUGGCGAGAAAACUCACAACUCCAGACAAUGCAAGUUCGACACCA